UGGGAGCUCCCGGAGGCGCUGCGCGCAUGGAGGGCUGAAGCGCCCCGCCGCCGCCGCCGCCGCGCGCCCAGGAUGUGGCUGAACCCCGAGGAGGUGCUGCUCAAGAACGCGCUCAAGCUGUGGGUGCUGGAGCGCUCCAACCGCUACUUCGUGCUGCAGCGGCGGCGCGGCUAUGGCGAGGAAGGCGGGGGGCUCACCGGCCUCCUGGUGGGGACGCUGGAUGCUGUUUUGGACUCCACAUCCAAAGUAGCCCCUUUCCGCAUCCUGCACCAGACGCCAGAUUCCCAAGUCUACUGGUCCAUCGCGUGCGGAGCCAGCAGAGAAGAAAUAACGGCGCACUGGGACUGGCUGGAGAACCACAUCAUGAAGACCCUCUCGGUGUUCGAUUCCAACGAGGACAUCACCAGUUUUGUGCAUGGGAAGAUAAGAGGCUUGAUCGCUGAGGAAAGCAAAGGUUCUUUAAUAAGAGAGGAUGAUCCGGAGAAGUUCCGCGAGGUACACAUGAAGUUUGAGAAGUGUUUUGGGCUGGCUGAGCAAGAGAAGCUGGUGACGUACUACUCGUGCAGCUACUGGAGAGGCCGGAUGCCCUGCCAAGGGUGGCUCUACCUGAGCACCAACUUCCUGAGCUUUUACUCCUUUCUGUUGGGUGCUGAAAUAAAGCUCGUCAUAUCCUGGGAUGAAAUCUCCGUGCUUGAGAAGACGUCCAACGUCAUCCUGACGGAGAGCAUCCACGUCCGCUCCCGUGGGGAGGACCACUACUUCUCCAUGCUUCUGCACAUCGGCGAAACCUUCCUGCUCAUGGAGCAGCUGGCACUGUAUGCUGUUCGGAGGCUCUUCGACAAAGAGACCUUCGAAAGGGACCCCGUGCUCUGCGAUCCCUUGCAAAUCACCAAGAGGGGCCUUGAGAGCCGAGCCCACAGCGAGCAGUUCACCGCCUUCUUUAGGCUGCCCAAGGAGGAGUCGCUGCGGGAGGUGCACGAAUGCUUCCUGUGGGUGCCUUUCAGUCACUACAAUACUCUGGGCAAAAUGUGCAUUUCUGAGAACUAUGUCUGCUUUGCCAGUCAGGACGGCUGCUUGUGCUGCGUGAUCAUCCCUCUGAGGGAGGUUGUCGCCAUCGAGAUGCCCGACCCGGCCAGCAGAGUGGUUAGUAUUGCUACCAAGGGGAAAAGAGCCUUCCGCUUCUCUGAAGUCAGGGACUUUGAACAGCUGGUGGCAAAGCUCAGGCACAAAUGCAACAUGACAGCAAGCCUGCAGCAUCAGGCAAGCGUGGAGGUGGCUGUUGGUCCCGCCCCCACGCCUCUUCUGGAUGACUACGAGGGGCAGCCGAUGGCUAGCCACAAAGGGAGCAGCCAGUCCGUCAGUACAGAAGCCCUCAUGACUGUCUUUCACCCCCAGGACAUGGAGAAUCUGGACUCUAAAAUGUUAAAAGAAAAAAUGAAAGAGCAAUCCUGGAACAUCCUUUUCGUAGAAUGCGGCCGUGGUUUGAGCAUGUUUCGGAUGAGGAAGACACGAGACCUGAUUGUCCGGGGCAUCCCUGAGCUAUUAAGAGGAGAACUCUGGCUUCUUUUCUCAGGUGCAGUGAACGACAUGGCCACCAACCCCGGUUACUACACCGAGCUGGUUGAGAAGUCCUUGGGGACGUGCACCUUGGCCACGGACGAAAUCGAACGGGACCUGCGCCGCUCCCUGCCCGAGCACCCAGCGUUCCAGAGCGACACGGGCAUCUCUGCUCUCAGGAGGGUUCUAACUGCCUAUGCGUACCGGAACCCCAAGAUUGGCUACUGUCAGGCGAUGAACAUUCUGACGUCGGUGCUGCUGCUUUACGCCAAAGAGGAGGAGGCGUUCUGGCUGCUGGUGGCUGUUUGUGAGAGGAUGCUCCCGGAUUAUUUCAAUCGUCGAAUCAUCGGUGCCUUGGUGGACCAGGCUGUGUUUGAGGACCUCAUUCGGGAACACCUGCCCCAGCUGACGGAGCAUAUGACCGACAUGACGUUCUUCUCCUCCGUCUCCCUCUCCUGGUUCCUCACACUGUUCAUCAGCGUGCUGCCCAUCGAGAGUGCCGUCAAUGUGGUCGAUUGCUUUUUCUAUGAUGGGAUAAAGGCCAUCUUGCAGUUGGGCCUCGCUGUGCUGGACUAUAACAUGGACAAGCUGCUGACCUGUAAAGACGAUGCAGAAGCCGUUACAGUCCUCAAUCGGUUUUUCGACAGUGUCACCAACAAGGACAGCCCCCUGCCUCCGAUGGUGCAGCAGGCAUCUGGCAUGACCGAACCCAAGAGCCAGCACCACUCAGUGGACAUCACGGACCUGAUCCGAGAGUCCAACGAGAAAUACGGCGAAAUCCGGUUCGAGGAGGUCGAGUGCAUGCGGCGCCGGAACAGGCUGCAUAUCAUCCAGACGCUGGAAGCCACCACAAAGCAGAACGUGCUACGUGUUGUCUCCCAGGAUGUGAAAAUCAGUCCGAGCAACCUGGAAGAGCUGUAUGAAUUAUUCAAGAAAGAACAUUUUCUCUCUUGUUACUGGAAUGUCAGCAGCCCAACCCUGAAGCAUCACGAUCCCAGCCUGCCCUACCUGGACCAGUAUCGGAUCGACUGCCAGCAGUUCCGUCUGCUCCAUCACCUCCUGAGCCCUUGGGCCAGUUGCGCUAACAGGGACUCCCUUGCACUGUGGACCUUCAGGCUGCUGGAUGAGAACGUGGACGGCCUUAUAAACUUCAAAGAAUUUGCGUGUGCUUUUGAUAUCAUGUAUCAUGGAAGUUUUACGCAUAAGCUGAAGCUGCUUUUCAAACUCCACAUUCCUCCAGCGUUCACCGAAGUGGAAUCCCUCAGCCCUUCCAAAGGUGGUCAGCUAUCAAAAGAAGAGCUGAUCCACUUUAGCCAAUUAAAUCUUUCUUCUCCCGGGGACAGUGAGGAUGCUGACAUGUUGAAGACCAGCCCUGAAAAAGGGAAGGGCAAGCUGGAUAUCCAGGCCUAUUUGAAGCAGUGGCAGGAUGAGCUGCUGAAAAAAGAAGAAAGCCUUAAGGAUUUGCCCCGGAUGGACCAGUCCCAGUUCAUCCAGUUUUCAAAGACUUUAUAUAACUUGUUCCAUGGGGACCCGGAAGAGGAGCUGCUCUACCGUGCCAUCGCCACUGUGACCAGCCUCUUGCUCAGGAUGGAGGAGGUUGGCCGGAAGCUCCAGAGCCCCACCUCACCAGCCAAAGGCAUGGCACCUCCCGCAGCUUGCCGCAGCCCGGAAGAUGGCGGCACACUCCAGGACCCCCCGCCAGCCCCACAGACUGCCAGCGCUGGGGCCCAGAGCCCACACGAUGAUUGCAACAGGUGGUCGUUCGCCUUCGAGCAGAUUUUGGCCUCUUUACUAAACGAGCCUGCUCUGGUGAGGUUUUUUGAGAAACCAGUCGAUGUCAAAGCCAAGUUAGAGAGCGCAAAAGUUUCCCAGUUUAAAGCAAGAGCCCGUGUAUAGCGCUACCCGGGGUAUUCGUCUCUCAUGCUCUCUGCUCAGAACCUGUUUGCAACUUCACUGUAUUUAGUUUAUGUUGGGCGUUCAGGGUUGAGGUUCUCACUCACUCCCCCUGUUCUGCUGGGGGCAGAGGCCUGUGUUCUCACAGAGUUAAAUAAGUAUAGCUUGAAGCACAAUUGCACCUGAUCUUUGCAUUUUCGUACCCUCAGUAACUGAGAACACGCCAACUAGCACAUGUCACCUGGGAGGGACAUGCCAUGCCAGCUCAUGGAAGGCGCAGGUGUGGCCACAUCCCAGACUGCUGCUUUCUUGAGCGCAGUUCUCUGCUUCUUACACUGAAUGUAUUGUCUGCCACAUCCCCAAAAAGCGGUAUUGAUGUUUACUUGUUGUAUUGCAAGGGUGGUUAAAUUUCCAAAGAAACACUUUUCAGUCUUCGAAUGUAGGUCUGCUGAACGCUUUGGGAAGGAUAUCUUAAAUGGCCAGUUGUUGAAGGAUGCUACGUUGCUUCUGUGACUAGAACUAAGCGCUUCUCCCAAAUGGUUUUUAAUUGUGGCUACUAAAGAUGAGCUUGGGGAAGCUCCUGUCAGGUUUGACCCUUCCUACUGGCACAACUCUGCCUUCUCAUCUCUAAGAGUUGCAUGGAGUUGGGAUUUCACCAUUUGGCCAGAAUCUUGCAAUCUGAGCAAUUGCGUUGUGCGACUUCUUUGGUUUCCUCAACCUGCUACCCUCACUUGGCCUAAUUCACACAUUACCUCGGUGGCGUCGAAGCCACAUUGCAGUGCCUUCCUUCUCAAACUCGCACGGAUUAAGUGUGGGCAGGGUAGGGUUCUGUGGCUCUUUUCCGUGUGGAGGUCAUCUUGGGAAAUUAACAGUGGAAUGGGAAGGAAUCCCAACAUUCGCUCCACCACCUCCAAGCCGGUAUCACCAGUUCAGGCUGGGAGAGCUGUUGUGACACUUCAUGAAUGUGUGAAUUGAGCUUUAGGCUACUAAUUUCUUUUUGCAGUGGAAACCAUCAGUGUGUGUGAUGGUGCAGAACACAGACAUUGGUGGUACAAAUGGAACGGUACAUUAAGUGUGAUGGUACACUGCUGUGUAAACUUUUCCUACUUCUAUCCACUGAUUGUUCUAUAAUGAGCACGUAACCCCACACUUUCUGGUACUUUAGUUUAAUGACCCCUAAGUGCUCCGCAGAACCCUCCUUCUUUUCAUUGACAAUGCCAAUGAAAUACUUCUUGGAAGCAAAAGAGCAUUCAUCUUGCCUGCCUUCCUCCUUUCCCACUCUUAGAUAUUACUGCAGGGUUUCCCAGUCAAAUUGAAUUAGUUGAAUUGCAUUAGUUUGAAAGUUCACUGGUGGAGUUAAAAUUGAAAUACAGAUUUAACUGGAAACUGGUCUGUGUUAGUGUUGAUGAGCAGGAGAGCUUGAGAAGAGCCUGCUGAAUCCAGUAGAUGAAAUGGCUCAGGUAUGCAGGCAAUGCCUUGUAUUUGCCUGCUCACCAGAACAAGCCAUUUAAAAGCUAAAUGGAAAUUCUCUGCUGGGGACUUGUAGGGACAAUCUUUUAUAUAUAUGCAGAAUGACCACUAUGUGUGUGCAAUAUGUUGCUGUUUAUAUUUCAGAUUUUGAUUAUUACUGGUGGAGGCACUGGAUUGGCGGGGGUUUCUUGUGUCUCUUUUUAGUCUGGGUUCUUUUUUUAAAAAAUAAUUGGAAAUAUGCAAAUUUUAUGCAGAGCCCUGUAGUCGAGCAAAAAUGUGUGCAGAACAAAUGUUUGCAAUUUGAUUAAACCAAGGAGGAAU